CGCGUGCCCAAGGAGAUAGAGUUCCGAGACGCCGAGAAGAAAAACUCCCCCUUGCGAGUUGCGGAUCGUCAGGAAUGGGGACAGCAUCAAGGGUUUUGUCACAGAAGGAAAAAGUGAAGUGAAGGAAAAAUCUUAACCGAAGGUAGUGUGCUGUAAUUGUGCGUUCGCGUAAGAGUCCGGUCCAGGUUGUCCGGCAAGUUGUCCCAAAACCUGAAUCUCCCGACGCCCGUGUCGGGGGUAAGUGUUGUCCGUCAAGAGUUUGUGUGUGUGUGUGUGUGUGCGCGCGCGUGUGUGUGUAUGUAUGCGGUACCGACAGUAUCGCGCGAGAAGGUCUCUCGAGCAAGGCACAUACGAGUGUAGUGCGUGAAAUCCUUUCACUUCCUCAUUGCGGCGGAUUGUCGACCGUUCGCCAAGUACCGGCGGUACACCAUUACAUGGCCAAACUACAGUGCCCUGGUGAUUAUUAGAAAACCAAUCCGAUUCCCCCGGCCCGGCCUUCCUCAUCCACUUCUCUCGGCCCUCGGAAGAUAAGGGUUUUAGAAGCAUCCAGCACAUCCAGCGCGCCAUAAAGGUUUGCGCAGUUUGCGACAAUCUGUUUGGGACGUACCGCGAUGAGGAAAUGGAAGCGCCCGGGUGCUGCCACGGACGGGGGCCGAAAUAGUGGCCAGCACCAACCAACCAACGUGCAGCAGCGCAUCAAACAACCGAACGGUGGCGCCAUCUGGCCCGGUGGUGCGGCCACCCUGCUCACCAUCGCCAUUACGAUCAACCUCACCUGCGCCGGUGUCAGCAGUCAAGUUUGUGGUCCACCAGCAGUUCCAGCAAACGCUAAAGUACACACAGAAAAAGCGACCGACGGCAGCGGAGGCCUCAAGUCGGCCCGGUACGAUUGCGAUUCCGGCUACGAGCUGUUCGGCCCGGACACGAUCCGCUGCGAUCCAGCGAAAGGAUGGGACCGUGACCUGCCAUUUUGCGGCACGAACGUGGCGUACCGUAAACCGGUAAAUCAGUCAUCGGCAACCCGUUCCGGACCGGCUGGUUUCGCCAACGAUGGUAAACCGGGCAACCAGAACCCGGACGGUCAGGAGUGUUCCGAAACGCAGAAGGAAGUGUCGCCCUGGUGGCGGGUCGAUCUGCUCACGCCAGAAGCGGUACGGGUAGUGCGCAUCACGACGCGCGGUUGCUGUGGACAUCAACCGCUGCAGGACCUGGAGAUACGGGUCGGCAACAGUAGUAGCGAUCUGCAGCGUAAUCCACUGUGCGCCUGGUAUCCGGGCACGGUCGAUGAAGGUACGACCAAAUCGUUCACCUGUGCCCGACCGCUGGUCGGACAGUACGUGACGGUACAGCUGGUCGGUGUGGAGAGUAGUCUCAGCUUGUGCGAGGUGGAGGUAUUCUCGAACGAUGAGUUCUCGUCUGACCGGUGUGCCGCACCAAACCUGAGCGUCGAAACUGUGCUGACAACGUUCGCAAAAACGUGCUACGAGUUCCAUAUUACGCGGGGCGAAAGUUUCGAGAAGGCGCGAGCUGUCUGCAAAUCGCACGGUGGCGAUCUGAUUCAUGACUUCCGUGGAGUUACCACCGACUACAUCAUCUCGGAGUUGGAGCGUCGCAAAACCGAUCUCCGGACACAGCUCGUGUGGAUCGGUGCUCAGAAGGAACCAGGCAUUACGUCACGCACCUGGAAGUGGGUUAAUGGCGAUACAGUGCUCAAGCCAACCUGGGGCAAGGAUCAGCCGAACAACUACAACGGCGAACAGAACUGUGUCGUGCUCGACGGAGGUCGCAACUGGCUGUGGAACGAUGUCGGCUGCAAUCUCGACUACCUCAACUACAUCUGCCAGCAUAACCCACUGUCCUGCGGUUCACCGGAAGCGCUGGUCAACACGACGAUCGUCGGCCGUAACUAUUCCGUCGGUGCAAACAUCACGUACCAGUGUCCGGUUGGCCAUUCGUUGAUCGGGAUCGAAAAGCGUACCUGUCAGCAAAAUGGACUUUGGAGUGGUGCACCACCGGCGUGCAAAUAUGUUGAUUGUGGUCCACUGCCAGAGAUCGAGCACGGAGGCAUCAUCCUGUCCGAGCAGCGUACCAGCUUUGGUGUGCAAGCGUCCUACACCUGUCACGAAAACUACACGCUCAUAGGCAACGAAAACCGUACCUGUCAGGCGAACGGAUGGUCCGGAACACAGCCAAAAUGUUUGAUCGACUGGUGCCCGGAGCCUCCACCGAUUCAGGGUGGCAAGAUAAAGGUGUCGGGACGGCGGGCAGGUUCGACUGCACUGUACACCUGCGACUAUGGGUUUGUGCUGAUCGGUGAGCCCGUACUGUCCUGUGGACUCGGCGGCAACUGGACGGGGAAGAUACCGGUGUGCCGGUACGUAGAUUGUGGUAUGCCGGCCCGCCCGGAUCGUGGCAAUAUGUUGCUGUUGAACGAUUCUACCACCGUUGGGUCUGUGGUGCGAUACUUCUGUGACGAUGACUAUUGGUUGGUGGGACCUCAGGAGCUGUACUGCACGAAGGAUGGCAAAUGGUCCGGCAAUGCGCCGGCUUGCGAGUUGAUCACCUGCGAGACGCCCCAUGUACCACCCGGUUCGUACGUGAUCGGGUACGACUACAAUAUCCACUCCUCGAUCCAAUAUCACUGCGAUCCGGGGCACAUCCUGCGCGGCGAAGAUACGCUCACCUGUCUCGAGUCCGGCCAGUGGAGUGGUGAUGCUCCCGACUGUGAGUACGUCGACUGUGGACCACUGACACCGAUUCCGUUCGGUUCGCAUCGCUAUCUACAGAACACCACGUUCCUCGGAUCGGAGGUCGUGUACACCUGUGCCAAUUCGCACCGCCUGGCGGGCGUUAAUCGACGGAUCUGUCUCGAUACGGGCCUUUGGAGCGAGACGGCGCCACGCUGUGAGGAGAUCCGCUGUACGGAGCCGACCCUUACACCGCACAGCUUCGUCAGCGUUACCGGCAACGAUCGAAUGUACGGGCGCACGUUGAUAAGGACGUCGGAUGCGACAGUUAGUGGUGCGCAAACGUUCCGUGUAGGUGCGCUGGCAAAAUAUCGUUGCGAGCGAGGCUACAAGAUAGUAGGCGAGGCGCUCAUCACUUGCGAGGAAAAUGGGCUCUGGAGUGGCGAAAUACCGGAGUGUGUCUACGUGGACUGCGAGAUACCGCCGAAUGUUACCAACGGCAAGGUGACGCUGGCAACCAAUGCGACGUACUACGGUGCGGCUGCACUAUACGAGUGUGAGGGUAACUUUAAGCUGGACGGUGUUUCGCGGCGUCUGUGUCUGGAGGACGGUACCUGGAGCCAUGAGACGCCUCAGUGUGUGGAGAUCACCUGCACCGAAAUGAACGUGUCGGACGCACUGAUCGUCAACUAUGGCAGCCGGAAGGUUGGUGUGCAGGCCGAGUUCAGCUGCAGCAAGGGCCGGUAUAUGGUCGGAAACGGUACGCGGACCUGUCUUUCCACGGGACACUGGUCGGGAAGGAAUCCUGUCUGCAAGCUGAUUGAUUGUGGCCGUCCGGCCGAUAUCGAGAAUGGGCGUGUGAUUGUGGUGAACGAAUCGACGGUGUACGGUGGUUCGGCAGAAUAUCACUGCGUACCGCACUACAACCGGAUCGGUCCCUAUCUCCGGAAGUGUAUGGACGAUGGAAAAUGGAGUGGUGAAGAGCCACGAUGCGAACUAAUCGUAAACGACGCCCAGGAGACGAACAGUCUUGGUACGGGCAUUGCGAUCGGUGCCGCCAUCAUCGUUAUUCUGCUCAUCCUGAUCGGCGUACUGUUUCUGCACCGGAACAAGGCACGCCCGGUAAAAAAUACCGAGAACGUGCAGGCGGCUGAACACAAGGAGGACCAGAAUGCGGCCGUCAUGUCCUACUCAAGCCUCGAGAACGGUCGGCAUAACUUCGAUCUCACCAACCGGGGCGGAGGACUAGUCACGUUCAACACCUUCCACCAGUCCGGGGCGGGUCAUCAUCCACCGCCACCCAGUCAGCUGACGCACAGCAACCACAACAACAAUCAUCUUAGCAGUAGCAACAACAACAACAACACCAUCGGCAGCUCGCGCAACGGUGGCGAGAACAUUUACGACCAAAUACCGAGCGAACAGUUUUACGACGCACCGUACGAGAUGCGCACGAACGAGGAGGUGUACGAACCGGAACCGACGAGCCGCGGUAACAUUAUUACCAUCAACGGCGUUAGCGUCCGGUGAGCGUCACCACCUCCCCGCUGUAGACGGACGGACCCGCUAAGAAGUUCCUUUUGGAGGCGUGCAGACUAAGGAUUCGGUGGCGCGUUUUGCCUGUAUGCAUGUGUGUGUGUGUGUGUGUGUGUGUAUGUGUGGAUGAUUGUAUGUGUGUGUGUGUGUUUGUACGUGUGUGCAUUGCGAAGGAGCAGUGCAAUACCUAUAAAAAUGCAGCGUAACGUGUAGCGUAACGCACGUAACGUUACUAGGCCGCCGCAAAGCUUAUUAUAUGGACGCAAAUCCCCAAAUGCAAUGAGGCGUGAUAAAGUGGAUACUUUUUGGCGUAAAACAAUUAAUCUGUUAAACAUAGCGCAAUACAAAGAUUAAUGCAAUGGGAUUACAAAAAUGAGGCGGGCCGUUUAGAGGGGCGAGAAGCAAAUUUUAAUCCGCGGGUUCCAGGCAUCAAAUUAGACCGCAAAUACCUGACUGGCAAAAUCUUGGUAAGGGACACUCACUGUACAUAGGACGAGAAGUAUGCCAACUUGCUUGACUUUACCCCGUUUUUUUUCCAACGCCGCGAGCCGGUAGCGCAGCUGAUGUAGUAAAUAAAUAACGAAAGACGCAGAGUAAUCAUCAUCGUUAGCAGCCUAGUUAGCCUAGAAGUCAAUCGAUAAGACUUUUGUAGUUUGUUCGUGUGCUAUAAGGAUACGCACGCAUAUGGAAGGCCCCAUUUUUUUAUGUAUACUUAUAUCUGCUGCACCAUUAUAUAUAGAGUACGCUAUGUUUAUCCUUUUGUACAUAAUGCGAAAAGCUUUUUCAGCAAACUAAAAAACAAACCAAUAUCGAAAUCGUAUAAAAAAAGGAAGCAAAAUAUUGUUCUGAACCGUGUUGCGGUGAAUAAUGAAAUUAUGUGUUUUAAUAAUA